AUGGGUUCGGCAUCACAUCCUGACGCAGAUAUCCACCCGGAAGCAACAGGCCCUGCGGCCAAGAUUGUUGCUGCACAUCAGAAGGACGAGCCCAUCACUUUAUACUCUGGUUGGUUUUGCCCUUUCGUCCAAAGGGCAUGGAUCACCCUUGAGGAGAAGAAGAUUCCGUACAAGUAUGUCGAGAUCAAUCCGUAUAACAAGGAACCAAGUUUUCUCAAGCUCAACCCGCGAGGUUUGGUUCCCACGUUAGGAUGUCCCCAAGAGGAUGGAUCCACCAAGCCAUUGAUUGAAUCCAAUAUCAUUUGCGAAUACCUUGACGAGAUGUAUCCAGACCAGAUACCCCUGUGGCCACGCGAGCCUUACAAAAAAGCAGUCAUGAAGGUCUGGGUCGAUCACAUAACGACUAGGAUCCUCCCAGCAUACCAUAGGUUCCUGCAGCAUACAGAGAAAAGCCCGUACACGUUGGAGAAAGCACGCGCCGAGCUCCUAAACGCCCUGAAGACAUGGAUUUCCAACGCAGAUCCUGAGGGCCCAUAUUUCAUGGGCAAAGACUUGACUUUUGGCGAUGUAGCUCUCGCCCCCUGGGCGCUAAGGAUGUGGGUGUUCGACCACUUCAAGGGCGGCCUGGGGAUUCCUCCUCCGGGCCAGGGCGGAGAAGACGAGCAGUUGUGGAAUCGGUGGCGGAAAUGGGUCGAUGCCGUGACCUCCAGGAAAUCGGUGACUGAGACGAUGAGCGACAAGGAACACUAUAUGCCUAUAUAUCAGCGCUAUGCGGAAGACCGGGCGAUGAGUGAGAUGGCCAAAGCGACUAGGGAAGGAAGAGGUGUGCCAUGA